CAGGAUUUUAGGGUUCUUGGGAGGAAUGGGAGCAGGAAGAGCGACGCUGCGUAUCGCCAGGGCCGCGAGAUUUCUUCUCAGGCCGGCGGCGAGCACGGCUAUCGCUCGACCAAGAGCGGCAUUCUCGUUUCUUGGCGAAAGGAAUGUGGAGACAGUAGCCAGGGGUUGGAUGAGCUCUGGAUUCUAUCUCCAGCAGCAGCGGCAUUACACCGACGAUGUGGAGUUCCAGGAUGCUGGGGACGAUCUCGUGGUUUACGAUCCAAGGGCGUCGCGGAGGGCGCAAGGAAGCGGUGACGCUCUUGAGGACCUGUGGGCAAAAGUGGAUUACUCACAGGAUGCAGUGUUGGGGAUCAAGCAGUGGGAGAGAUCCGGCAACAAGCUCACGAGAUCGAUGCUCGCUAUGCUUCUUCAAAGAAUGAGGUGCCGACGAAUGCACACCAAGUCCGUCCAGAUUCUUUCAUGGCUCGUCGAGAAAAAACCCAUCGAGGUGACCGAAGGAGACUACGAGCAGCUGGUCACCUUGGCUUGCCGCGACUCGGACUAUGAAACCGCAGAGAGGUAUUUCUAUAGUCUCCCGAGUCACUUGAGCAAGUGGCCAGCGUUUUCGGCGCUCGUCGCCGGCUACGCAUCCAGGAACUUGAUGGCAAAGGCCGAGAACUUGAUGAGAACGGGGACCUCGCCUCUGCCGCAGCCAUACUCGGCGAUGAUUCUCAUGUACAUCCGGAGGGCCGAGUACCAGAAGAUCGUCAAGAUCUACAAGAGUAUGAAGGCGGACGGGAUAGAGCCCAACGUGAUAACUUACACGGUGCUGCUGAAGUUCAAGGACAGGAUCGGCCCGAUCAAAGGACUGGAACAAGACGUUGAGGACGCGCUGGGAAAGAUCAAGCUCAGUGAGAUGUGCGCUGCGAAGAGGCCAGCGAUUGCCGGGAACAUGAUGCACUGCUACGCGAUGCUUGGGAAGCUGGACAAAGUGGAAGAAGUGUGGCAGCAAAUGGACCAAGAGCGUCGGCUCCCAGAAGGUUUUUUCGUCAUGGCAAUUGAGUCUCUCGCGCUACUGGGACAAGUGACCAAAGCUGAGAAGGUUGCACAGAUGAAACCAACCGCGAACGUCCAGGCUCGGCUCUUACAGGCACUGGCUCGUCACUUCGCCAAGCAAGGAAACAUGAAGAGAGUGGAGGAAAUGCUGGGUCGUGCCGACAGAUAUGAGCUGACACCAUCUUUCGGGAUUUACAACUAUCUCGUCACCGGGUACUUGGCCAGGAAGGACCCCCAGACUGCGGCCUCGAGGAUGAGAUUGGCGUUGAAAGUGGUGACCGAAGAGCGAGCAGUGCCAUCUUAUGCCGCUGUCACGGGAUUGCUUCCAUAUCUAGCAGCGGAGAAAGACGUGACGACUGCCGAGCAAAUGGUGCGGAGGUAUAGAGGCUGGACGGAUGACAACUUCCACAAGCUGCUGCUUAAUGUCUACGUAGAAGCUGGGAAAGGACCGUCUCCGGACAUAAAGUCGAGGUUCAGGCGCCUUCCCUGCGUUGGUCACGUUGAAGCCAGGCGGCUGGCUAUCAGGGCCUUCGCGUUAGAACCAUAGCCAUUGCUGCGGUGACACUACGACUACUGGAGUACUUUUCUUCUCUUCGCGACGUCAAACGGACCUCCUCGUAGCUGCGGUUAUGCAAGUUCUUAUUGAGACGAAUGGCCGAGGUCUACAAAACCGAGCAAACCAGCUUGGCUUGGCUGAAGUGAUCAUCAUACAAGCGGCUGCCGAUAAGAUUUCAAGGAGAAGAGAGCUGUACAGGGAGCUAGAGCUGGCCCGUCCCGAGUGGACGUCUGGAUCUGUCCCCCGAGGCCCACGCACGGUAGUCCUUUUCAAGCUGCAAGGCAUCAAACACAGUUUUACGAA